AUGGAAGGAACCCACCCUGGAGCAUCAACACCAUCCUCGGUUGCUCACAUAAGUUUCGGGGAUGGGGAUUUCCAAUCCUGGUCUCCAAACCUGGACAAUCCAGUGGUGAUUUUGGUCCAAAUGGGAGAGCUAACUAUCAAAAAAGUCCUCCUUGAUCCAGGAAGCAGCCCCGACGUCUUAUUUUACUCCACAUUAAAAAAGAUGCAACUAAGCGACAAAUCACUGCAACCAUCAAACGGAGAAUUGGUAGGGUUCUUCGAGGAACGAGUACCUAUAUCAGGUUAUGAUAACAUAUUAGCAAUAGUACAUGCCAGCCAUAAGGAGGCCAGACAAUGUUACAAUACGGGAUUGAAGGCCACCAUAAAAGAAACUAUUCCAAGAAUUCAUUCCGUAUACAACUCGAAAAAUAUUCCAACCCUUGCCGAGAUGGAUCCAAGAGAAAGCAGCAGUCGCCCCGCCCCAACAGAUGACCUGAGAAAGGUACACCUAGGACAAGCUGAUCAAUUUACUAACAUAGGUUAUGCUUUCUCUGCAGAAACAAAGAAAAAUCUGGUGGACUUACUAAAGACCAACGCCGACCUGUUCGCAGGGCCCACUGCUGACAUGUCGGGAAUCGAUCCGAACUUUAUAUGUCUCAAAUUGGCAGUCAAUCCUAAUGCCCGACCUAUAAAGCAGAAAAAGCAAAAUCUGGGCACGGAAAGAAGAAAUGCCGCAGUAAUAAAAAUGCAGAAAUUGCUUGAUGCAGGAUUCAUUCGAGAGAUUCGUUUCUCCUCAUGGCUAGCAAAUGUCGUAAUGGUUCGGAAGAACUCGGGAAAGUGGCGGAUGUGCGCAGACUUUACAGAUUUGAACAAAGCUUGCCCAAAGGAUUCGUACCCACUACCAAACAUCGACAGACUAGAGGACGACACAUCUGGGUACCAUGUGUUGAGUUUCAUGGAUGCUUACUCUGGUUAUAACCAAAUACAAACGCACCCAGAUGACGAAGACAAGACAGCCUUCAUAACUGACCAAGGUAAUUUCUUCUACAAAGUCAUGCCUUUUGGUUUAAAAAAUGCAGGUGCCACCUAUCAGAGACUGAUGGACAAAGUAUUCAAACAACAAAUCGAACGAAAUAUAGAGAUAUAA